CCUGUUUUGUGAUCAUGUGAAUCAUUGUGAUAUAACAGUGAAGUAGACUGACAUUGGAGAUUUGUAUACCAACCUCAAGUCAAAGAGGACAUUUGGCCAUUUGAAAGUGAAGAGAUUAGAGCGAGUACAUCGGGACUCGUUUGGUCCUAUAUACUGUAGCAAAAGUGGAUUUUUAGUGCAGCAGAAAGAACUGUUGCUCGGCAGUGGUGUCGGUCUGGUCUUUCUGAGGAAGCGCUGUGGUUGAGGUGGCUGCUGCUGAGUGGAGCGGUGCUCUACAGACAUGCUCUUCCCCAUCCGCGUCAUUGGACUUCACUAAACACAACAUCUGAAUACAGUUUAGAGCUUAAACUUGAGCAUAUAGAUAGAUUUUUUUUUCUCCCUGUAAUGUUACAUGAUUUGAGCUUCCUGUUUUAAUUUCAUUAGUUCACUAGUGGGAGAUUCGGGAGUGAGGUGACUUGACUGAUGACAUCUUCAAGACGGCUAGCUCCAGAGAUUUGUCAUUCCUCUUUUAUAAGGGCCUUCUUCUUCCCUUCCAUUAGAUUGAGUCUACAAAACCCUCUGUGCCCCUGCUGCUUCUCGCUUUCCCACCAUGCCUCGCUCUUUCCUGGUGAGGAGGGGGGGCUCUCACCCUCUGCGCCCCAAAGCAGGUAGCCCCUGCUUGGGCACGACCCUGGUGCCAGUGGGUCCCUCAGAAACGGACAAGAGGCAGUGGGGUACCCUUCAGGGACAGCCGUCACUGAAGAGUGCAGUGUCUCUAGUGACACACAAUGAGGCCUACCCACCACAGCCCUCUCCACCUCCAGCCCUCCACCCUGCCUCACAUAGUCCCCCUUACCUUCACCCCACCAGUCCCAUGUUUUCAGAUGAUAGAGCUGCGCUGCACCACCACUCUCCCUCCCAGUUGAACCCUGGCAGCCCUGCUGAAGAGGUGGGCUCUCCCCUCCUGGGAGAGACCCGACACAGAGACUGUCUCCAGAUCAGUGACCACAGGACCACUGGGACUGAAUGUCCACUUUGUGGAAAAAGUUUCUUUUCUGUCUCCAGUCUGGAGUCCCACGUCCACAACUCCCAUGGUGGCAGACACAAGCAGUCGUCAUCAGCACACACAAAGACAAACAGUCAGCCGUACCGCUAUAGGCCAGACCUGGUUUUGAGCUACAGGGUCAAGGAGCGUACGUUUGGCUGUAAGGUGUGUGGGAAAGUGUUCAAGCGCUCCUCCACCCUGUCCACUCACCUGCUAAUCCACUCUGACACGCGACCCUACCCCUGUCAAUACUGUGGCAAAAGAUUUCACCAGAAAUCUGAUAUGAAAAAACACACCUUCAUUCACACUGGUGAGAAGCCCCAUGUGUGCCAGGUGUGUGGCAAAGCCUUCAGCCAGAGCUCCAACCUCAUCACCCACAGUCGUCAGCACAGUAGCAACCAGCCCUACCACUGCCUCUAUGGCUUCCAGCGCAAACAGGAGCUGAGACAAAACCAGAAGAACUACCGUACAUAGACCUUUCGGUCAAGUCCCUGGCUAAGAGCUGAUCUGAGUUCAGUUUUCACAAUCGGGAGAUUGGUCAUAGCUGACCCCAGAUCAUUUUUUCAUUAUAAGGGCACAACUGGACAAGCGUAACAGAAGCUGGGGAUGGAUGGAAGAACGGAUGGAUGCUCCACAAAAAAUUCUAACAAACAUUUACCUUGACUGUAGUUGAAUCCCAACUGUAUAUUUUGCCUACAUAUAUAUUUCUGUUUUUUCAGUGUCAUCAGAGGGUCAUAUCAGAAAAUAUGUUGAAAACACCUUUGAAACAUUCCAAUCCCAUUUAUAUUCCAAAGUAUCACUUUCUUAAGUGUGUGCAUUAAAAAUCUUUGUUAUCCACUUUCAGAUUUGGAUAACAACAAGAUA